AUGGCGGAAGACGUAGGGGUAGGAAUCAAAAGAAGUGUAUUUUUUUUUCCAAACCUUGUUGAAAAUGAUGUUGAUGAAGAUGUGUUGGAUGGAAAAUGGUAUUUAUGUAAUGAUGAUGGUUUUGAGGAAGAUGAUGGAGAUGAUGGAGUAGGUGAUCUUCCGUGUUCAGCUCUGAUGUUUUUCGGUUGUAGGGGUAAUAUUAGUUGUAGUAGUAAUGGUAGUGUGGUUUUCACCAUUUUCUCUCUCCUAAUUUUGAUUUUUCUCACUCCAUCGCUAGUUCUCUGCAACUCUGACGAAGUUCGAGCUCUAUUAGAGUUCAAAUCAAAGAUAACCCACUUGGGAAAAUCGUUACAACAUGGAAUGCAACGGCUGUCGCAACUGCUUCAGAUCUCGAUUCUUGCCCCACCUCCUUCCAUGACGUCGUUUGCGACGAUGCCCCACGUUUCCAUUAUUCUCGAGAGCUUGAAUCUCGGCAGUGAGUUGAAUUUUAGUACCCUAAUUGGGCUGAAAAUGCUCCAAAAACUGAAUUUAAGGGGGAAUAACUUCACUGGUAGAUUAGUUCCCCAAUUAGGUUCAAUGAGAAAAAUGCAAUUCUUAGAUCUGUCGGAUAAUCAGUUUAUUGGUCGGAUCACUAACCGAAUUCACGACCUCUGGAACUUACAGCACUUGAAUGUGUCAAAUAAUCGGUUUUCCGGGGGUUAUCCUGUCGGAAUUCAGAACCUCCAGCAGCUUAGGGUGAGGGAUGUGGAUCAUGUUGAUUUGAGUAUGAACCAGUUUUCGGGUGAGCUUCCGAGCUUAGAAGAAUUGGAUUUAAGGGAUAAUAUGAUUGGGGGAGAGCUUUCUUCUUUUGGCUUGUUGAUCAAUUUGAGGGUUUUGUGUCUGAGAAACAAUCAAUUGUAUGGAGAGACACCUGGGGAGCUGUUGACUACUUCGAUUCAUUUGAUUGAAUUGGAUCUUAAUGGAAAUGGGUUUUCGGAUAAUAUUAGUGAGCACAGUGAAAGUAGCGACGAUGAUGAUGAUGAUGCGGUUGAGCUUAAUGAACUUCCAUUAGUGGAGAAUCGUCGGUUAGCUCUUGCUUGUGAUGAUGGUUAUGUGAGAUUGUAUACCAUCCCUGAUACAAAUGAGUUGACAUACCAUAAAUCCUUGCCUAGGGUCAGCGGCCGAGAUCUUAGUGUGACUUGGAGUGCUGAUGGGAAUUCAUUUAUUCAGGAAGUAGUGAUGGGUAUGCUAUUUCAUCACGCCAAAAGAAUCUGUAAUUGGAGUGAAGAUGUUGCGAUGUUGUAUGUGCAAAUUCAAUGA